GCGCGAGCGCGGGCGGCGCCGGCCACUGCAGGUGAGCCGCGGCCUGUGGAGUUCCAAAAGAUGAGUCGUGGAUAUUCAGAAAACAACAAUUUCCUGAACAAUAACAACCAAAUGGUAUUGGACAUGAUCCUUUAUCCAUUAAUUGGAAUCCCUCAGACCAUCAACUGGGAAACUGUGGCAAGGCUUGUACCUGGAUUAACACCUAAAGAGUGUGCAAAAAGGUUUGAUGAAUUGAAGAGCAGUGGCAACUCACCUGUUGACAACCAGUAUUAUCCCUUAAUGGAGGGAGAGAGUCCUGUUGAAACUUUAGCUACAUAUAUCAAAACCUCACUUCUUGACACACAGGGAGAUUUUCAGGAGACUCCAGUUGGUCAGGAUGCAGUUUCUAAGACAGGAAGACAUAGUAUAGCUUCCACAAGGAAUUGUUCUUCAGAAAGUGAAAAUUGUACUACUCGUAAUGGUGGAGGAAAGACUGAAGAAUCUGAAGGGCCAAACAUGGUGAUCCAUGUAUGUGACGAAGGAAAAAACUUGAAAGAAGAUUUUAUUUGCCCACGAGAUCUUUUGAUAUCAGAAAUGAAGUACUUUGCUGAAUAUUUAUCUAUGGAUGCCCAGCGCUGGGAAGAGGUGGACAUUUCAGUUCAUUGUGACGUUCAUAUUUUCAACUGGUUGAUAAAAUAUGUUAAAAGAAACACUAAGGAGAAUAAAGAUUGUGAGAUGCCCACUUUAGAGCCAGGAAAUGUCAUUUCAAUUCUUAUUUCCUCCGAAUUUUUGAAAAUGGAUUCAUUAGUUGAACAGUGUAUUCAAUAUUGCCACAAAAACAUGAAUGCCAUAGUAGCUACCCCAUGCAACAUGAACUGUAUUAAUGCAAAUCUUCUUACACGUAUAGCUGAUCUGUUCACACAUGAUGAAGUUGAUGAUUUAAAAGACAAAAAAGAUAAGUUUAGAAGUAAACUUUUUUGUAAGAAGAUUGAGAGACUGUUUGAUCCUGAGUACUUGAAUCCAGAUUCUCGGAGUAAUGCUGCAACAUUAUAUAGAUGCUGUUUGUGUAAGAAACUUUUAACAAAAGAAACAGAAAGAAGAAUUUCUUGUGUUCCUGGAAAAAUUAAUGUCGAUCGACAUGGAAAUAUUAUCUAUGUUCACAUAAGAGAUAAGACUUGGGAUGUUCAUGAGUAUUUGAAUACCCUUUUUGAAGAACUAAAAUCUUGGAGAGAUGUGUAUUGGCGAUUGUGGGGAACAGUCAACUGGCUGACUUGUUCAAGAUGUUAUCAGGCUUUUCUCUGUAUUGAACUUUCACAUUGUCAGUACCACUCAGAAACAGUAGUUUAUUCUACUGCAGCAAACUCACUGAGCACUGUUGGCACUGGAAUUUAUCCCUGCUGCAAUCAAAAGGUUCUUCGAUUUGAUCCCACUCAGCUUACAAAGGGCUGUAAAGUGAAGGACCACAUGGUUACACUUCAUGAUCAAGGUGAAGGUGGAGAUUUGCUGUCCGUUCCAACUACUAGAAUACUGGACGAUCUAAAUAAGCACAAAGAUGUCAUUGUUGUGCCUUUUUCUAAAGAUUUGGUUAGUGAUCCUGCAGUUGGCUCCUCUGAUGAAAAGGGUCUAGAAUGUGAUGUUUUACUGGAGCCACAUACACCAUGGGGCCCCAAAACUGGAGAGCUCAAUGCUUUCUUGUCCCUAAAAAACUGGACUCUGCAACUGAAACAACAGUCAUUAUUUUCAGAAGAAGAAGAAUAUACCACUGGAUCUGAGGUCACUGAAGAUGAAGUUGGUGAUGAAGAAGAAGUAUCCAAGAAACAAAGGAAAAAGGAGAAACCAAAGAAGUUCACUAAACCACCAAAAAAGCAGAUGUCUUCACCCUGUGCACAAAAGAAAGAAAAGGCAUUGGAGAAGUCAGCUUCUAGAGAUGUGUCUCCUUUCAUUGUAAGUAUGCAGAAGAAUAAAUGGGAUGCCACAAGGUCCUUGAGAUUCAACCAAGAUGCACAAAGAGAAGAUGAUCAGCGGCGGAUGUCUGAAAUUACAGGGCAUCUAAUAAAAAUGAGAUUGGGUGAUCUGGACCGAGUCAAGUCAAAGGAAACAAAAGAAUUUGCAGGAGGUAUUUAUUCCAGGCUCGAAGCACAAAUCAAAGCCUCCGUACCAGCCAGUGCACGGCAAAACAGCUCAGAGAAAAACACAAGGUCUAAAAGUCGUUUUGGUCCAGGGCGUCCUGUAUAAAGCACCUUAAAAUAUAAAAAGACAGAAGAUAACUUCCUGGACAUC